UCCGCCUCCGCUUCCGCUUCCGCAGUGGCUGCUCCGCUCCGCUUCCCUCCGCUCGGCUGUUCCCUGGAUCCGGAUGGAGGCUCCGGUGAAGGAAGGGCCGCUCCUCCUCCUCCUCCAGCAGACGCCGCCGGGGAUCCGCCUCGGGCCGAAGCGCUGGAAGAAGGGCUGGUUCUCGCUGUUCCGUGGCAGCGGGCGAGGGGUGGCCCGCCUGGAGUUCUCCGAUGGCAAGAAUAAGAAGAGGACUGUGGUCCGGCUGUCCGAGUGCCUCAGUGUGGCCCCGGCCCCCGAGAGCCGGCCCCGGGAGGGACUGGAUGCCUUCCGCCUGGAGACCCCCCGACGGACCCUCCUCCUGGCCGCAGAGCCCCCUGAGGCCCAAGAGUGGGUCACCCACCUCUGCCAGGCCGCUUUCCCGCAGCAGACCCCUGGACAGGCAGCUGACCAAGCGGAAGGGCAGCCCCAGGAAAUGGCCACCAACGCCAUCUACUUUUCCCAAGAGGAAGGGAGCGAGUUCUGGGUGACGGUGCAGAAGACGGAGGCAGCCGAGCGCUGUGGCCUUCAGGGGCGCUACCGGCUGAGGGCCUCCCGCGAGAGUCUCCUCCUGGUGGAUCCCCUUUCCGGCCAGACUCUCUAUUCCUGGCCCUACCGCCUUCUCCGCAGAUAUGGACGCGAUAAGGUGAUGUUCUCCUUUGAGGCCGGCCGGCGCUGCGAAUCGGGCCCCGGCAACUUCACCUUUGAGACCCCUCAGGGCAGCGAGAUCUUCCGCCUGGUGGAAGUGGCCAUCCAGGCGCAGAAGGCCCAAGUGGAGGAGGACCGGCGGAGCGGUCCUUCUAUGGAUGCUGAUGUGGCUGCAGCCGUGGGCCAGCUCCACUCUGCUCUGGCCACCUCGCUCAGCCUGGAGGCAGAGGGCCCUGGUCCCAAGCGGCACCAGUGGUGGGAGGGGGUGCCACAGAACGCCAUGGGGGAAGGGGACGGUGCCAGCCACGCUGUGAAGGGCCAGGCCAUGCAGGACUCUGUGGCCCCACUGUCUGGCCCCCCCCUGCCCUCCUCCCCUGAAGAGCAGGCGGCCGAUGCUGCUGCCAGUGUCUACUCUGAGCCCCUGGACGUGGUGAGGGGCUCCCAGGCCAGGCCAGACCCCCUCUAUGCAGACCCCGUGGACAGCAGGGGCAAGGAAGGCCUCCGGCCCCAGAGCAGCGAGUGGCGCCUGUAUGAGCAGGUGGGCCCCGGGGUGGGCGAUGGGGGCCACAUCUAUGACGAGCCUGAGGGGCGGGCCCCCCAGCCAGCCCCCACAACUGUCCCCGCUAUCUAUGAUGAGGCCCAGCUCCCAUCUGAAGCCUGGAGGACUCAGGGUCUGGAGAGCCCGGCUGGCUACGAACUGCCCUACUUGCCUGGCACUGGGGAUUACGCUGUGCCCCCCUUCCACCCGAAGGCCGGCCUCCCCCGGGUCCCCAAGCCCUGCCCUGUCCCCAAGCCCCACCGGAGUCACAAGGGCUCCCCACAGCCAGGUGGCACCAGAAAGCCAAAGAUGGCAGCAAGGAAUGGCAGCAACAACAACAACAGCAACACUGCUGGUGGCCAGCCUGGCAGGGUCGGCGUCUCCACUAGUGAGCCCAUCUACAGCCAGGUGAGGAAGCCCCUGCGAGGCCAGUGGCCCCCUGGAGAAGAACAGUCGGUGGAUGGCAGCUGCCCAGCCUCUGCUGUGUAUGAGGACCUGGGGGAGAUAUGA